AUGCCCUCGACGUCGCUCGUCAAAACACCAGAGGCGCACUGUGGGGGAGUGUUGGUUGAAGUGGCAGUUACCGCACAGCCGGCGGCCAGCCCGGUCCUCUGCCUGCGGCGCGGGCGCAGCAAGUGUCAACAGCCGCCGUACACUGUGGCGGACCUCACGUACGACCACGUGACAGCUACAAGCCCGGCACCCGCAGCAAGGUCGCUGCCCCGUAACGUGUAUUAUCAGACGGCCCUGUCCCGCUGCACCGUGUGCCCAGCACUAUCAGCGACGCACCUCGGAGAAAGCUGUCCCGCCACAGGCCGCUCCACAAGUUCGUACACCCUCUGUCGACACUGCCACGUGCCCCGGGCGGGAAGCAACACGCGCCAGCAGCAACGCACAGGUCUCACACUGCAGGAAGUUGCAGACUGGCUGGCUGAAGCAGGACUGGUCCAGUGGCAGCACAGUUCCCGUCAAACGGGGCCCUUCCAGCAGCGACGCAGGAUGCGCCCGCUGUGCCUUCUGCCGCCACUGCAGCUGCUGCUGAUAAUGGCGGGCGUCAGCGCUCAAGACUGCAGACCACCAGGACACUGGUGUGCUGAUGAUUACGCCUGCUGUGAUGGUUGCUGCCUCUCAGGAGUAUGUGAGUACACAAGGGCACCUUGCUACAUUGAUCGAGAUGAUAUGUGUCUGAGUCAUUACUGUCCUGGUGGUUUCGAGUGCUACCUGUACCAACCACACGUAUCAGUGGCACCAUAUCCAGAUUGUCGACCAGUUAAAAACUAAAGAAAGUUUGAUAGAAUGUUGAUCUGCAGUGAGUUUCUUGAAUGUGUUUCAACAAUGAUAUCAGAUAAUUCACUUUUAAAAAGUGAUUCAAAUUCAAUAAACAUUACUCAUAUCAUAAGAUGUCAUUUUUAAAUAAAUCACUUCUCGUGCAAUCAAUUGACUGUAACAACAGUUAGUGCCAUUAAGAAGGUAAAAAAUGGAAAAUAUUGAACAGAUACUAAACAUGUACAAUCUACCUCCAAGGAAUAUAAGCAGAAAAAUAGUGAUUAAUGCUAAGGUGGUAAAUAGUACUUUUGCUUAUCCUGUGUGGAUGAAGAACCUGUGAGAACGAAACCCUAUGAUAUAAUAAAUGUUAUUUUCGCAUUUAAAUGUCUACUUAAUACUAAAACUAAACAUGUAAUAGGACAGAUAUGUUGAUGAAAUGUUUGUG